AACAACACUUUCUAUCUUCUUUCUUCUUCUCAUAACUUUUUAUUAUCGUUUCUCAGAUCUCUCUCUCUAUGUUUAUUUCUCAAUAUUCCAUAUGGGUUUUUGUUAUUUCAUAAUGAUGUAUUUAUGAUAGUAAUACUGUGUGUUAUUGUGUUAUUUCAGAUCUUAAGAGAGAGAGAGAGAGAGAGAGAGAGAGGGAGAGAGUUAGAUAGAGAGGCAUUGUGGAUCUUUCUUCUUCUCCUCCUUCUUUUCUAAGGGUUUUGUGAUUUUUAGGGUUUUAGGGUGUUUCAGACAACAAUGGCCACGCCCUUUCCUAUUCCUGUCACUGCUGCUCAGGUGGGGACGUACUUUGUGGGACAGUACUACCAGGUUUUACAGAAUCAACCGGACUUCGUGCACCAGUUCUACUCCGAAGCCAGUACCAUGAUUCGUAUCGAUGGCAACAACCGCGACACUGCCUCUGCUAUGCUUCAAAUCCAUGCACUUGUUAUGUCACUCAGCUAUACGGGAAUUGAAAUCAAGACAGCGCAUUCCCUGGAAUCUUGGAAUGGAGGUGUUCUUGUGAUGGUUUCAGGCUCAGUGCAAGUUAAGGAUUUCAGUGGAAAGAGGAAAUUUGUGGAGACAUUUUUUCUUGCGCCUCAGGAGAAAGGUUAUUUUGUGCUUAAUGAUAUUUUUCACUUCAUUGACGAUGAACCGGUUCUCCACCAUCCUGCAGUCAUAUUAGCCCAGAGCAAUCUUGAGUCCAAAUUAAAUGCUCCUACUACUAUUCCAGAUCCAGUAUCCAAUUAUUUGCUUGGUGGAGAAGUCCAGUCAAGAGAAUUCAUGUCUCCUACUGAGGUAAAUGAAAAUGGCCCUGUUGACAAUUAUAGUUACUCUGAGCAACGGUUGCAGCAUGUCCCCGAGUCUGAACACAUUCUGGAGAACGAUGCUGCAGAGUCAAAUGGUUUACUUCAGAAUACAGUGAGUGCUGUACAAGACCACCUGCCUCCCAAUGCUGAGGAACCUAUUGGAGAGCCUCAAAAGCACACUUAUGCUUCAAUUUUACGGGUAGCUAAAGGACAACCCACACAAGCAGUAGCUUCACAGCCUUCUGCUAACAAAAACAUGCCUCUUACCUCAGAGUGGGAUCAUGCUUCACAGCCCACUACUCAGCAAUCAAAUUUUUCAUCAAAUACAUAUGAAAGGUCUGUGGUGGAGACGGCAGAGGAGGUUCCCAUAAUGGAAGAUGAAGGUGAAAUUAGGUCUGUUUAUGUGAGAAAUUUGCCACCUACUGUGUCUGCUUCUGAAAUUGAGGAGGAAUUCAAGAAUUUUGGUACACUCAGUGAUGAGGGCGUCGUCGUUAGAAGUCGCAAGGAUGUUGGUGUUUGCUAUGCAUUUGUUGAAUUUGAAGAUAUGACUGGUGUUCAGAAUGCAAUCAAGGCGGGUUCUCUUCAGAUUGCUGGACGACAAGUAUACAUUGAAGAGCGGAGACCAAACAGCAACAUUCCAUCUCGGGGAGCAAGAAGGGGCAGAGGCAGGGGCAUCUACCAGUCAGAUGCACCAAGGGGGCGUUUUGGCUCUCGGAGUUAUGGCAGGGGAAGUGGCUAUGAUGUGGGUGAUCGAGAUUACAACAGACCGAGGGGAAAUGGUUUCUAUCGGCCAGGUCCCCGGCCAGACAGAGGAUUCUCAGGUCACCAAGUAUCAAGAAGUGGACACAAUCCAUCAGAGCCUUUUAAUUAGUAUUUUUUUAACGAUGGGAAGUGACGUUUUGAGCCAAGCCAUGCAGCUCAGCACAUUCACGUUUGUUACUUCGAAGACUAUAAUAUGGAUAUUUUCAGAAGUAAGCUUUAUUUAGAUGUUUUGGAAUAUGAAUCACAUAUCAUGUCUUUUUUUUUUUUAAUUACCUGAAAGGGUUCCUUGAUACUUAUUUUUUUUCCUAGAAGGAAAUUAUUAAAUAUAAAAGCAAUGUGUUUGCAAUUUUGAGUUCUUAA